UGACCAAGAGAGGAUUGAUAACGUUAUGAGGCGUUAUGGUGGCUGGUGGGGUAGUCAUGUAGCAGGGGUGAGGCGUCAACACAUGAAUAAUGUGUAACGCAACUCAACGUUGAACUCACGAUGCCUCAGUGUCCAGAUAUCUAAAGAUGCUGAAGGAUUCUGGGGCUGACAGGGGCCGACAAAAUGUAUAUAGAAGAGAAGAAAGCAGAGAAGAAGCAAUACAAACUCUCAUUCACUCACUCAUCUCAUCACUCAAUUGAGCGUCACCAAAAUGGCAUCUCCAUUCAAUACCCUUCACAAAACUUCAUACCCAGCCAUCUCCCCUCUUCGUCCUGAGCUUUCAACCAGAGGGAAGAAUGCUGUGAUCACAGGUGGAGGCUCUGGUAUUGGUGCCAGCAUUGCCAGGUCAUUUGCAAAAUCAGGCAUCACCAACUUAGCUCUUCUUGGUCGAACAGAAAAGACACUCCUCGAAAACAAAGCCUACAUCGAAGAAAACUACCCCGAGACCAAAGUCUGGACUUAUACCGUCAACAUCGUCGACGCUGACUCAACUCGGUCUGUCCUUGAAGCUUACACCACUGCAAUCAAUGGAACGAUCGACAUUCUCAUCGCCAACGCUGGAUACAUGCCCAAGACUGAACAUGUCACCGUGGCAGAUCCUGUUGAUUGGUGGCUCACCUUUGAGAUCAACGUCAAAGGAAACUUUAACCUCUUGCGUGCAUUCGAUCCUCUCGCCACUCCCGGAGCCACAGUCAUCCACGUAUCCACAAGUGCAAUGUAUACAGAGUUUAUGCCUGGAUUCUCAGCCUAUCGUGGAUCAAAGCUUGGAGCUUAUAAAGUGCUUGAAUGGUACGCCAACGAGAACCGAGACAAAGUCGUUAUACAGUUUCACCCCGGACUCAUUAUGGACACUGCUAUCACUCGACCUCUUGUGGAUAUCGUCAAGGACUAUGGACUUGUUCCAGAGGAUGUUUCACUUCCGAGUGACUUUGCUGUUUGGGCCGCGAGUGAUGAGGCCAAGUUUCUGAGUGGAAGAUUUGUUGAAUGUAUGUGGGAUGUUGAUGAGCUCAAGGCGGCGAAGGACAAGAUUAAGGAGUCAUGGGAGAAGCUUACUGUUGGAUUGGUGCUCUAA